UUAUCUGCGAGCUUCAAUUGAAUCCGAUUAUUUUGAAAAUCCGAUUUGCGGAAGUCGACUGUCGCACCUGGCAUCGCCUAUCGACCGGGGCCAUCUCUAGUGCCAGAAUGUGGCAGUUUGAAAACAAAAAGACAACUGAAAUGAACGAUUUCGACAAAGGCGAGGGCUUCUGCAAAAAGUCCUUGUCGCCGCGAUCCCUGGCUGCGAUAUCCUUGCAUAGCACAGGCAUGCAGCUGGGCGACGGCGUUUUCAAGCGGUUGUCGCUCGAUGUUGAGGAGGACAUUUCCAAACUGCUGGACGAGGCGGGAAAAUAUAUGCGACGCAUCCGGGAGCGUAGGCUAAAACUGUCGCACAUCCAGCAAGCUGUCCGCUUGGAUGAAGACCUUGACCAAGACAUUUUCUUUAGGCCGGUCGUGAGCGCAGUUUCCCAAAGACCUCUUGUCGAAGAGAGUCUACAUGUUGUAGGCGGAGCUUUGACCGCCGAGCCUGGGCCCGUUCCUCUGGUUUCCGGUCAGGAGCCUGAACCGGAGAUUGCCCUUGAACCAGCUUCCUCCCACUCAGGCUGGCUGAAGACGGAGCAGGUGCUGCUGAAGCCGAGCAAGCGUUACCCGCUGACCAAGGAGCAGCAGUCGUUCUUCGAGCUGGUCACAGAGGCCUGCGUCGGCGCCUCGGAAUACCGGCGCCAACGGGCGCUCCAAACACUUUCCACAGAUCCAUCGCUGGAGGUGCUACUGCCCAUGCUCAGCGGGUUCAUCGCGGAAAUGACAGUACACCACGUGGCCCUGGAGAACAUGGCGAUACUCUUCUACCUGUUGCGAAUGACUAAAGCCCUUUUGGCAAACCCUAGGCUAAAUUUGCUACCAUAUCUCCACCUGAUCCUGCCGGCCGUUCUAACCUGCCAGCUGAUCAAGUUAUCGCCCGACUUGGAGAAGCACUGGGCUUUGAGGGAGUACUCUGGCAACAUAAUCGCCCAUAUAGUGCGUCACUUUGACUCCUCCGAAAACAUCAUCUUACCUAGAGUUAUUGGGAUUUACAAAAGUGCUCUUCUAAAGGAGCCACUGGCGACUGUGUUUGGAGCAGUCAUUGGCCUGGGAAAGAUGGGUAGUCACGUGGUGCGCGCCUGCAUUGUGCCUCAAAUACCACACCUAUCCAAACGCAUUGAGCCUCAUCUGACCGCGCGUGACACCAAUGAGAUGUCCAGCUCCAGUCUGGACCAACAGGCUGCUAAGUAUGUGCGCCAUCGUGUGAUCAAGGUGGCCACCCCGGUGCUGAAGACUAUUCACAAACCCCCUGAUCUCCCCGAUCAGUAUGCGGUCGCUUACGGAUCUUUAGGUCCGUCGUUGUGUGAUUCCGUCGUCGUAUCCAGAGUCAGGGUGGAGGCGAUGGCUGCAGCCAAGAAGGAGGCUGAAGAGGCGUCAAGAGUGUACCCUUGGGUCCCAUCUGCUGAUAAACACAGUAAAACAGGACUUGCAAAAGAUCCAAAUUUAGAGAACCAGACGCCCAGCAACGGAGUUCGCUGCAGCAGUGAUGUACCCAAAUCAAGUUGUCAUAAUCUCCUUGUGAAUGGACAAGUUGUCAAGAUCCUGCCGCGGCUACCGAGCAAUCCCAUUAGAACAGUUGUUCCGUAUGAAAAUCAGGCUAAGUUGGUCAAGCCUCCGGGCUACGUGGUAGCUCAACCGAAUCAGAUUCCGGUGCCGCAGCUCGGAAACGUUGUAGUCCCGCCAGUGUCCAUGCGCUCUUUUUCGCAAGCCACUAAUGGAAUACUGUUUAAGCCAAACAAUCUGUGCCUUUUGCAAUCCUUCAAUAGCGGAAGUCUUCCCUCAUCGUGCAAUAGUGGCAGAAUGCCGGAUAACUAUUUACUUAAGUAACGAUUAUAUCUGAUAAAUGCGUGAACUAUUUUCUGUGCAAAGUGCAAUCAUAAUAAACACUUCGGGACUUCCACUUUUGGGGAGCUAGAACAACAGGAUGGAUGCCGCCAUCAUAAUAAACACUUCGGGACUUCCACUUUUGGGGAGCUAGAACAACAGGA